CAGCAGUAUGCAAAUCAGGGAGCCAAAUUAACGUAUCUUUCACCGAUGCUAUUAUUUUCCCUGCGUUCACCAAAAAAAUCCGUUCGCGAACGACCAAAUCAUUGCAUGCAAAUAGAAGAGCGCAAUUAUGCUCCUAGUGGCCAUGGUCAGAACUGAGAGCUUACUGUAUCAGAGCAGAAUGGAGGAAAGUUAGGUGAAGUUGAUAACGAUGAAGAUGCAUUAAGUUCUGUUCUAAAAUACUUGUCACGUUACAUAUUGGGGGUUCUCAUGAGAGAAACAAGUGUAUAGGUCUACUGCACCUUGAACAAGCGGAGUUGGUGCGUUUGGCUACUUCAUCCUCUUCCGUGGUACGCACUCCCCGCAUUGACAAAGAGGACAGAUCCAGUGCGCGGUAGGCUACAGCGGGAAGGUAGGCGAGGAGGAUAUACCAUUGAUUAUAUUCGCACGAGAAGGAAAAGAAAGGGAUACAAAUAAAUAAUUAUACCUUUAAGUUUAAAGGGUCUCCUCUGCAGCCUCAGCUCUGUCCAGAGAGCCAAGAAAGGAUAGGGCCACUGGCGUGUUGUCUACUUUCCCACUGCAUCAUGGGUAACUUCUCCAGCAAGGACAGCCAUGGACCCACAGGGCCCAACUUGGAUGUGUUCCACACCCCCCCUACUUCUCCAGUGACCUCCACCCUGCCUGCUCUCACUCAGAUCACACCCUCUACACCAGGCCAGCCGGUCCCAGCCACAGCUCCGGCCCCAGCUCCAGCCCUAGCCCUAAGUGGGAAGAGACUACUACCCUCCCUGCCUGUCAGCCCAGGCUACUCUGUGAUUGGUCCUGGGCUUAUCUCCCUGCAGGGCAAGACAGGAAGUGAUGCAGCAGCACCUGAAAGGCGGGUUGUGACGGGGCGUAAUGGAGGACCCACCUGCUCUACUCCCAGGAGUCCUGUAUCCCAGGGGAAUAGCUCAAUGAUUAGCCCCACUAAGAGUCUUCCAUCUCUGGAUAGCCCCUUGUUUUCAGCCGGCCCGGUCAGCCCCUCUGACCAUAGCUGGAAGGAAAAGGACAGUGGACUGAGCACAUCCAUGUUGGAGGUCCGUAGGACUGCAGACAACCAGGGAGAGCUGGAGAGAUUGGUGGAGGAGUGUAGGACAGCACUGGGUCUCAGCCCCAGUCAGUAUGCUGCUCUGAGCAGCGUGGUAGAUGUAUUGAAGCAUCUGCUAGUGGAACGUCAGACGUUGACCGUAGAGGUCCAGAGUCUGAGGGAGACCAUGCAGACUGAGAGAGGGGAGUGGCAGCAGUUCCAGUCUGACCUGCAGGUGGCAGUAGCGGUGGCCGACCGGCUGAGGGCCGAGGCCGAAGAGGAACUGAGCGUGCUCAGAACGGCUCAGAAGGAUACAGAGCGAGAGCUGGCGGCAGCCCAGCAGAGAUGGGAAGAGACUGAUGGGCAGCUGGUCAUCCUGCGAGGAGAGCUGAAGGAGAGCAGGCAGAGACUGGCCCACCUCACCCAGAACCAGGGGCCAGGACAGGCCAAGACCCAGGGCAAGGAGGGUACCACUGGGGAGGUCAGCACACCUGAGCCCCAGGAAGGAAGCCACCGGGGCAGGGACAGGGGAAUCGGCAGGGUGGGCCAAGGAGGAGAUGGAGAUAUGGGGAAGAGGAGCCAGGAAGAAGUGAAUAAGAAUGUGGUUGUGGAAGAGGCUAGGACAGACACUAAGGUCGUGGCCAACCGGUACUUGAUGAAGGUGACCAAUGAGGAGAGGAGUGCAGAGGAGGGGUGUGAUGUGAGGGAGACGCGACGUAUGCUCGCACAGGAGAGGUCAAGAAGCCUUUCCAGACUACCCUCGUCUUCAGACUCGCCCACGGUACAGAAUGGAACAUCCCAGUCCAAUACUGCCACAAUAGUUGGGUCUACAUUCAAGAACCAAAGCCAUACCAGAGGAAGAAGGGAGUUGGAAAGGCAAGGCAGCUGGUCCAGCACUCACACCGGGAUACAGGAGGAGGCAUUGAACCAGUACAACUCUGCCCUGACAGACCUGCCCCCUAACAAGGCUUCUAAGACCAGAUCUCAGGACAGCUUCAGUCUGCUGCUGCGCCGCCAUGGCGGCUCCAAGAGGAACUCUCUGCUGCGCUGGUGUCAGAACCGCACUCAGGGCUACAAGAAUAUUGACAUCACUAACUUCAGCAGUAGCUGGGCAGAUGGUCUGGCCUUCUGUGCUCUGUACCACACCUACCUCCCCUCACGUAUUCCCUACUGCACCCUUAGCCCUGACAGCAAGAGGGAGAACCUCAGCCUGGCAUUUAAGACUGGAGAGAAUGUUGGAAUCACAACAUUACUUACCAUGGAGGAGAUGCUGAGGGCUGGAGGACCAGACUGGCAAAGGGUUCUGGGAUAUGUGGAGAGCAUGUACCAUCACUUUGAGAUGUAAUGACUGUGUAUGAGGGAAGCCUCGGAGGGGUUACAGUUCACUACUACUGGUUGAAGGAGAGGGAGUGUAACUCACCCUUCUACUAGCUGAGAUGGUCAUUAGCCAGGUUUCCAUCCAACCAAUUCAUGUGGAUGAAUUGCCUGACGCAUGAAAAUGACCAGGUUGAUGGAAAGAGGAAAUGUUGGUACAAUUUCAUAUAUUUCAACAGGCAAGUUUUGUUCAACAUGGUGGGAUACUUUUGCGUCGGUACAAUUAAUUACGCGAGAAAUGGUGUUAAACACCUUUUGUGUUCUAAUAUUCAUAUAAUAAUCAAUCAAUCAUAAUAAUAAUAAUAAUAUAUGCCAUUUAGCAGACGCUUUUAUCCAAAGCGACUUAUGUUAAACAUGGUCCCAAAUGAUAUGUGGUGUACGACUCGGGAAAGCAUGCAGUUUAUUAAGCUACAGAUGAAAUAAGUUAUGAACUUCACAGGGGGGGUGAAAGUGCACUGUGAUAAGCUUGAUGCUCCUUUCCAAUAUAUUUCGAGGGUCUUAUUCUAAUUGAUGCUUGGCUGCCGUUUUGACAAAUAAUCUCGAUUUUACCCAUAAUAAUCUCAUCAUGUAGGCCUAGGCUAGCCUAUACCCGCACUGUGUCUGCCAGCUGUUAGCUAGCACACACGUGCCAAAACCAGAGUGGGUACUUUUGCUAUGUAACGCAACAGUUUUUGGACAAAACCAUCGGUUGAGUUGAAAAUGCAAUGGGAAACACAUUACUUUUUAAAAUUCAGUACAUGGGAGUUUAAGCGCAAAAUAUAUUUUUAUAUGUACUUAGGUCAUCACGCACAGCAUGUAAUCCGCAACAAGUCAAUUUGAUGGAAACACGUCUGUGGUGAGAAAAUGUGCCUAUUGAUUUUAUAAUAUUCACAUGAAAAUCUGUGGCCAAUUGGGAUGGAAACCUAGCUAGUGAUUGGCAUCUAGCGAAAGUAAGUGUUUGUUGGCCAACAGAGCCCCGUUGUGGUCAGGAGUACAGGUGCCCUUUUUUCAGCAGUACCUUCUUAAGCUGCUGCUUUGUGUGCAGUGCCUUUUUUAAUAUCAGUUUUCCAUUCCAAAGACUCAUGUUUUCUAUCAGUUUUUAGCACUCUGUAAAUAUGCACUUUUAUAAGCACUUUGAUGAUUGUAAUUUAAAAGGAAAGGAAUGCAUAUAUAUAUAUACAGUCUGUCUUGCAAUCCGUGGAUGCUUAUAUGUAACUAAAAUGUGAUCGCUGACUACGUUGCCAAAGACUCAGAAUAAAUAAAAUUGUCAAUA